AUGGACUACAUCAUGAGUCGACUACGCAAAGAGAAUGCAGCAAAAUCUACAAAGCUCUAUUUUGUCGUGAAGCAGGAUCUUCACAACAUAAUAAGGAAGUACCGCAUGGCGCCAGGGUGGAGGGAUGACGAUGAUGUGACCUCCCUGAAACUACGUUACGAGGAGAACAACCCUGACGACGGGAUUAGAUAUAUGGAGCUACCACGAGAUCCGAGUGACAAAGGUCUUCAAAGCUGUAAUGAAAGCGUGUAUUUGCAUGAUGAAAUGGUGAUUACGUAUAAUUCGGUGAUAAUAACGCCUUUUAUGCUGGAGUGGCUAAUGAAGUACUCUUCCAGAGGCGUUUCUCUUGACGACACAUUCCACACAACGAGGUACAACUUGAGAUUGGCAACUCUAAUGGUCACGGAUGAGCGAGAUCGCGGGCUCCCCGGAGGUAUUUCGAUAUAG